UCUUCUACUGUGUGACGUUUAGCCUGUGAGACGAGGAACGUAAUGAUUUCGAUUUAACACAAAGCGUGGAACGUCACAUACGCUAUCAUUAUGACCUGAGAUUAUGUUCACCUCGAAUGGAAGAAAUAUAAGUGCAGAUCACUAAAGAAGUUCAAUCAAUUAUUUACACAAAUAUACGUCCGUUUCGAAGAGAUUAAAGUAUGAAUUAUCUGAAAGUAAACUAAUUAGUCUUCAAUGAUUAUCUUGAAUAUCCGUUUCUUUUACUAUAAAUACGGAAGCACAUGGAACAUUUUAUACAAACAUAAUACCGUUGCAAUAUCGACCAUUUAACACAAGACAUUAAUAUGUUGCUGCAAAUAACAGUACUGAGCACAUUAAUUGCAUCUGUUUUGGGACACGGAAGACUCGUUUCUCCUCCCGGAAGAUCUACAAUGUGGCGUUAUGGAUACAGUACACCUAAAAAUUACAACGAUAACCAACUAUAUUGUGGUGGCUUCAAUAAGCAAUGGGCAGUGAAUGGUGGAAAAUGUGGAGUAUGUGGAGACCCUUGGAAUGAAGCUCGUGAUAACGAGGCUGGAGGGAAAUAUGCAAACGGUAUUGUUACGGGACACUAUAAAACAGGACAGACAAUUGCGGUUAAGGUCCAAGUCACUGCUACUCAUCUUGGAUACUUUGAGUUCCGUCUCUGUCCAGUAAAUAAUCCACAUCAACCAGCUACACAAGCAUGUCUGGAUAGAUAUCUAUUGCAACAACCUAGUGGUCAGACUAAGUUUUAUGAACCAGGUGCAAUUGGUACAUAUACAGUUCAUUUGGUUCUCCCUCGGGAGUUGUCAUGCAAGCAGUGUGUUUUACAAUGGAAAUGGAAUACGGGGAACUCAUAUAACUGUGAUAACAACCAUAAAUGUUGUAUUGGUUGCGGACCACAAGAACAGUUUUAUGGAUGUGCAGAUAUAGCUAUUUCAUCGUCUGGCACCAGUCAGUUUUCCAAUAUUGGUGUUCAACAAGGACGCCCAUUUAGCUUUUUACAAAUUUUAGGACAAAAUAUUGGUACAUGCAAGGCAACUCCGCUGUUCAAAAGUCGUUAUCCGUAUGCCGACCAAUAUUGUGUUUCCAAAUGCAACCAGAAUAAAUGUCCACCAAAUACAUACUGCACUGAUGCUUGUAGAAUCCACUAAAUUUGUUAGACAAAACUUUUUAUACUCUGAGCUUUACUGUUGUAUUUAAUAAUUUGUUUUUGUUUUAAAAUUUUUUUCUUAUCUACAUAUUUUUACUGUUUUGCAUAAUUCAUUUGUUCAUUUUUAUAAUAAACAA